GAGAGGAGCCUAAUGUUUCCACUGGCUACACCUACCAGCUCAUCACAGUGUGUGUGUGUGUGGGUGUGGGUGUGUGUGGGUAGGUAGAGGGAGAAGUAGGCCAAGGUUAAAUGGAAAAUUAAUAGAUGAUUUUCAAUGUGUGUGUGUGUGUGUGUGUGUGUGUGUGUGUGUGUGUGUGUGUGUGCGUGUGCGUGUGUGUGUGUCCUCUGUACAUGCAUGCCUGUAACUUUGUGUGCUGUAUUUGAAGAAGUAUAGGGACAAAGAAUGAUGAAAGGGAUGCGUGCAAAAGCAAGAUAAGAGGGAGCGAGUUUGGGAAUGUGUGUGUGCGUGUGAAUAGAGAAAGAAAUUAUGUCUAGGACAGUAUGGGGUAGGAAUGCAGAGUGGAGGGGGGUUAACUUCUUUGGAAUGACAGAGGUGGGCGUUUCUCUGGCACAAACUCAUCCUUGCCUGGCACGAAAUCUUCAUCUUCUUUCCAGAAGCGACUUUUUGUCUAUAGGUGUGAGAGCUACCGGUUAUUAAAACUUCCUGGUUUCCUGCCAGUUCUCUGCCUCAUCCUUUCUUUCAUGUGUCUUGCUAGGAGCAAGGGAGCGGCCUGGCAUAUAACUUCAUUCCCUGGAUUUGAUCCUUCUUUCCUCUAUCCUUCAUGUCUUCUUCAAUUUUCUUAUUUCUCACACAGUUUUGCACCACUGUCUUCGCGGGCAUAGUUUUUGGUAAUAUUGCUGCACCCCUCCAGCAACAGAUGUAUUCCAGUGAACACACCAUGAAGUAAUUAGAUAUGUCUUAGCCUGUCAUAUAGAAAUGUUUGUACAUUUGUCUCCUGUGUCGUCUUUCCUAGGCUGUGAGAACUUGUCUCUGAAAGAGGAAUGAAUUCAGUCUUGCACAUGAAUCCAACAAAGAUUGAGUGUUUUUCAGGCAGAGUAUUAUUUUUUCCAGGCGGGCUGUCCCUAGCCUAUUCAUUGGGUGAGAUAACGCUCUUUUGCAACAUCCGUUUGACAUCUCUUAAAUUAUUUUCAGCGUCUACCACGUCAUCAUGAUUCACAAUGAUCUAUGAGAAUAUUGUCUCUGGCUACAGUAUCGCUUCCUGGGGUAUCCGUAACUGCCUUAAUCACAUUUCCUCUGCAGUCUGAGCAGUAAACACCAACCUCUCCCCGACUCUCGGAGCGUACAGGUCACAUUGGGCCAUUCUGUCACACUGGUACUAAGUUGCACGCAGGGUUCAACAUUAACGCCUCAGUAUAAUGUCACAACGAGGCCUCUGGGAUUCACAACUCACUAAAGUACUAAAGCUGAUGCCAGCUACGAUCCUGCCUGCGAAGUGGACCGUCAACGUCAUCAGCCAGAUCAUAUUGUAUCUUCGUUAUAUGCUGCUUAUCAAAAGUGGAUAUACAAGAAAAAAGGAGAGUUUCACUGCAGAUCUUUUGGUGACCGACGGUCGUCUGGUGUCCGUCCCUCCUCCCUCCUCCCAGCUGGACACCAGGGACAAGCUCUGGCGUCUCCACUCUGCUCUGCUGCAGUGCCGCAGCUUGCUGGAGAGAGCCAUCACCAAAGAGGAAGAGGAGCUGGGCGGUGGGAUGAAGGGCGAAUAUGAGAACCAGAGGAAGAUGGUGAAGGGCAGGUUGUCGCUUCUCUUGAUCAACACUGGAGAACUCCUCAAAACUGCUGAUGGCGCGGCGGUCCUGACGCCCAGCUUGGAGGGAUUAGAGUUAGAUGGUCCAACCACUCUGUUUGAGCUGAAGCUUUGGGUUUACCGGAUCUUCAAAGAGGUGGACUACUGGACCAAGACGGCCAUCACCAUCUUGCAAGCCCUGCCCUCGGUGAUAGACAAGGAGCGGGUCAGGAGCACAAGAAGCACAAGAAGCACUCGGAGAUGAGAUGGAGAUGUUAGGAGUGUGCGAGGCCGAAGAGGACUAAUGGGAGAGAACAUAUGUUAGGGGGAGAGAAAAAUAGGUGAGUGCAGAAAUGAGAAGAUAAAGUAAGGUGUUCAGCCAGGGGCCAAAGUGAGAAACUAACAUAUACGGUGUGAAUUAAACUCAGAGAUGAGUGGAAAUAGCCAGCUGAGAGAGAGACACAGAUCCCUCGUGACACAGGGAGAUGAGUGGGUUGGGUUAUUUUUAGGUCAUGAAGCCCCCUUCACAUGAACAGAGGCCUUCGACAGAGAGGGAGCCAUGUUUCUCAUAGCUAAUAACAACAUUUGUUGGAACAAGUCUAUUUUAAUUAUGGCAGAGUCUAAUACAACUUUAUAUUUAUUGUUUACUUUGUAAGAUGAUAUCCAAAAAAUCAUCUAGAGUCAGAGUUAAGUACAUAGUUUCUUUCUUUCUUUCUUUAACAUUUUGGUAUUGAGGAAACAUAACGUCAUUAACGGAAACUCAAAGUGCAUGAUAAGGUUCUUUCCUCACCUGCUAACAUCAACAUCUCACGGUCAUGGUUUGCAUCAUGCAUGCACUCUUUUGAUACAGUGGAAGUUAAUAUUUAAGAUAUACUGGCCAGGAUCCACUGCAUCCGACAGAGUCAGCAGUCAACAAGGGGCACAUUGAGAUCAAAAUGAGAACAUUCAACAUGAAUUCAUGCCAUCACUAGACUAUACCUCUGCUAUGUGUAGUUUUGAAUACUGUGGCUAUAAAUCAUUCCACACUUAUUAUUAUCUAUGAGGGGUAAAACACGUGUGCAACAGUACCCUCUAGUGUUUGCAUUGAUGUAUUCCUUCUUUUUUUUCUUUAUUGUCCUCAGUAAUGCUUAUGUCAAAUUAUCAUUUGUUCUUAUAGUUUUGUAAUGUCUUUAAGGCACAGGGUUCAGGACGCAACACGUGUGGUGCAACGUCAAUAGUCCAAACUGAUGGGCAUGCAAAUGGCCACAUAAGCAGGGAGUGUAGUGGAAAUACAAUGUAAAUAGUAGAAGUCUGCAAACUUAAGUGAUAAAAGAACAUUUUUCAAGAAGAUCUUAGUCUACUUUCAUUUAUUUGUGAUACUGAUUUUAAUUGAUGUAGAAGAAACAUUUAUUUUUCAAUUCAUACAGUUUUUGAUAAAGUUUUAAAGAAAUAUACCAGGUCGUGUGUGGGCUAACAGGGUCUGAAUUCAGUCAGCUGAAAUUCUAAAAAAGAUUUUUGUCAAAUGAUCCAUCAUUUAUCCUUUGGGCAGUUGAAGCUUGCAGUGCAAUAACAUACAUGUAGUUGAUAAGUUAACUUGUAGUAACAGAGAAAUUAAUCAAAAACGGCCCUGAAGGUGUAACUCUACCAGUUGCGUUACUAAUUGCAUCAGCUAUAGACUCAGAUUGUGAUGCAUGGCGCUUCAGGGUAAGAAAAACAAAAGAUACUCUAAAUGUGAUUUGAUCCCACUUAUAGAAGUCUCGCCUAGGUAACCAAUGGGAUCCAUAAUGAUGUGGAGCGCAGAGCAGAAAGGGGCCUGUUGGAAAAACAUAUACCGAUAUAUACGUAUGUACAUUUUAAGGAUGAUUGGACCAUUUGGUAACUUUACAGUUGAAGUUAUAUCCUUUGUUUAACUCACGGACUGCAGUUUUGAUUUAGUUCAGUGUAGUUGUGUCUUGUCACAUGCUGUAUUUUGUAGGCUAUAUGUAGGUUGAUAAACUGUUGGUAGGUGCACUGGGAGUAAAAACAAACUUGUGUGAGAUUAGAGCGAUAUAAGGUACUCCAAACUGUUCUAAGGAUUCUGAAAAGUCAAUGUUGUUACUGGAAGGCAGCAUGAAGGAUUCAGGUCAUUUGAUCUGCGACUCUGAUCAAAUGACAGGAAUCAUAAAAAUAAAAAAACCCUAAGAAAAUAA